GGUGCUGUUGUUUGCGAGAAGCUCCUUGUCCGCCGUGUCCGGCAUCGCCGCGGUGCCCUUGAUAGUCGGCGCGUGACCAUCCGCGGCCUUGGGCGUUACGAGAUUCGUCAUAUCGACCGCGUCGGCGGCGUGUAUCUAGCGGAUGAGAAAUUCCUUGCAGCUAGCAAGUGAGAGAGGUUUCGCGAGCUAGCGGUGUAGGCCGAGCGCACCGAUGCGGUCCUGACACGCG